UCUGGUCGAAAUGAAGAUUUAGCCAAAGCGGAAAUUGCCAUUCAAUCAGUUAUACUGUUUCUUGCAAUAUUUGGAAAUAUUUGUGUACUGAUCGCAUUAGCCCGUGGACGGAAGGUGCGUUCCCGAAUGCAUAUGUUUAUCAUGCAUUUAAGUAUUGCAGACUUACUUGUCGCUUUUUUCAAUGUGUUACCCCAACUGAUCUGGGAUAUAACAUUCCGUUUUGAAGGUGGAGACUUUCUGUGUAGGUUUGUCAAGUACAUGCAAGUGUUUGUAAUGUAUCUGUCCACCUAUGUUUUGGUUAUGACUGCCAUAGAUCGUUACCGUGCCAUCUGUCAUCCGUUAUCCACUCAUACUUGGACCAACAAAACGGCGAACUUUAUGGUAAUUGGUGCUUACGUAAUAUCUGGAAUUCUCAGUUUUCCCCAGAUAUUACUUUUUAAAUAUCAGGCUACCCAACUGGGUAGUGAUGAGAUGGAUUGCUGGGUUCAUUUCGACCCACCCUGGGUUUUGGAAAUGUACGUUAUUGCCUUCACAGUCACCGUUUACUUCAUACCACUUCUGAUUCUAAUUUUCUGUUACGGGGCCAUUUGUUAUACUAUCUGGAGAAAACACAGGUUUACUCAAACAAAUGUUGCGAAAAAGGAAGAAAAUGGCGUCAAGUGCCAAUUAGUGUAUGAAGUAGAUUCGUACAGCACCUGCAAUACCGGAAGUGGUAACCAAAAGAAAGACAAAACAAAUCGGAGGAGAAAUCACACUAACAAAAGUAACCCAUAUCCACGAACUCAUUCCGCGAAAGGAUUUUCUAAGGCGAAAUUAAAGACAAUAAAAUUAACAUUUGUGGUCAUAUUAGCCUACAUUGUAUGCUGGUCGCCAUUUUUUGUGUCACAGUUUUGGUGGUUGUUUGAUGAAACUGCAGCUGAUAGUAAUGCAUUAGUUAUCAUGAUUAUAUUGGCCAGUCUGAACAGCUGCUGCAAUCCAUGGAUAUACCUAGCCUUUAGUGGUAACUUGCUCAAACAUCUACUACCAUGCUGUAAUCAUAGCUCCAAC